AGAAUCAGUGGAUAGCUCACAAAAAGCAACCAGAUCAACAAAGUCAUCCCGAAAAAAAAAAAAGAAAAUUACAUCGAUCAGAAUUGCAGUGUAAGGUUCGAAAUGGAAGUCCUAGACUCGAUCAAACAAGUGUUACGCACGCAGGAAAUGGAGGUCGCAGAAUCCACAAAUCCGCAGGAUGGAAUGGAAGUUUUGCACACGGUCGAAAUGGACCUGACGGAUGCAAAUGAUGUGGCAGACGGAAAGGUUAUGAAGGAAAAAGUCACGUUCUUGGAAAUGAAAACAUUCAAGAGGAACGUCAGUUCGUUAGAGGGCUUGGAAGAGAGCACUGAGCUGGACCCAUUGAAGAUCAUCUGCGUUGGUGAGUUUACAGGCGGGGUUCGAGCAAAGGGCGUUUUUAUCAAAGACUACCUGGGAAUUAAACCUACAGCUAGAAUCCACCCUUUCAACUCCGUAGAUUUCUACUUAAAAAGAGUGAACAGGUUGCGGCUUGGAGACUAUAGAAGUCACUUCUCUAUAGUUCUUCAGCUAUGCGAGAUUUCGGAUAUGGAGCGAUUUUCUGCCAUGACGAAGGUCUUCUUUCAACAUAGCCAGGGUGCACUGGUGUUUUGGGGGCCUCGCAAUCCGUCAUCGCUUGCCAGAGCCGUGCAGUGGAAAGCAAAGAUCGCACAAGAAGUUUAUUCGCCGAUUCCUUGCGUUUUAGUGACGGAGAAUAUUAAAGAUUCACAGUUAAAAUCAGUGGAGUGGAUCGGGCAAGGGAAAAUAUUUGAAAACGAGUUGGCUCUAGAUAGGUUCUGUCGAAGACACGGUUUUGUGGAUCAUUUUGAAAUCAAAUUCCGUGACUGGGAAUCUGGAGAAAAGAGCGUUUUCGGACAAGCUGUGACCUGUGCUCUUGACGAGAUUUUGCAGAACGAACAUAAACAAGACAAAACUUGGAUUUGACUCAAAAAUAACCUGUAUAGAGUGAGCUUUAUUACUACUUAAAACCGAGCGGCUUUUUUGAUUGAGGAUCUUAUCAACUUUCACUUUUUUCCAAGGGAAAAUUUGUUACGAAAUUUUCCUUUGUGGUCUUUUUUGUUAAUCCUACUAUUGUAUAAAUUUGCUUUGUAA